GUUCGUUGUCAUUGCGCCAAAGUACGUAAUGUGUGCUUCCCGCGCUUUUGCGUUAUUUAACAAUUAUGAAUUUAUGAUAUUUGUCUCCGAUCGGAUAACUGUCCCCUAUAGGGUGGGUAGGCAACUCAUAAUAUGUCUGUUCUAUAAAUAACGCGACUAAAACAAUGGCGGAUUAUCGUUGUAGAGGAAAUGUGCACGGAAUCAAUUUUUAAAUGACUUAGUAUUCGUAAGGAAGCCCAAUUUACAUUUAGGCCAGUGCUUUUCUAGGUUAUCUGGGUAAAGACUUUGAUGUUCGUGUGUUAUACCUAACGGAAGAAAUAUGAUAACGAUAGAAUCCUGCUGUGAAAGUUUUCUACAACCAAUGAAAUAUUGGACGUGAUCGCGCUCAAUUAUAAAUCUACAUACAAUUCAACAAUCAACUGUGUCAAUGUGUUCAAAGUCCUUUCGCGACAAACAGCUGAAUCUGACUUCACUGGAUUUUUCGACAUAUCCACUGAAAUGUCUUUGCCCGAUCAGUACGUUUUAUUAUUACAAAAUGUGGUCGAGGAAAACAGGCUCUUGAGAGCUCAAAUGGCUAAUACCAUUUCAAGCAAUGAAAGUGCUUUGAAAAAUAUUGAAACAAAAAUGGACAUCUUGUCCCAGACAACUUCACCUGGCAGACGAGUCAGACAGACCGGGCAGAACAAACAUAAAGUGCCCAAAGCUUGCAGUAAUAAUGUCCGAAGAAAACUCAAGGCUCUUAGGAGUGCUGAUGAAAAUAUGCACUUUAGAUUAACUGAAAGCCCCGAUUCUCAGCAAAAUUCACAGCUAUUUAAAAGAGUGGCAGAAGAACUGCAACAUGAAUUUGGUGGUCAGGAAAAUUGUCCUUGGCCAACGGUUGUUUUAAAAGAGGCGUUUAAGAGGUAUUUCAAGUCAUGCAAAGCAAAACAGAAAAGAGUUGCUCUUGGAACAGAACAGCAACACGUUCAAAUUUGCAGGAGAAGGAGCAGAAAGGAGGAGAAACUAGCGAGAAGAUUAAAAACGAUCGAGAAAAUGGGUUGGAACCAGACGAAAGUGGCAAAGGUGGCAGACGUCAUGAGAAUGGACUAUAUGUCCUCUGAAAAAAGCGAGGUAGACGAGGAAACAAAUAGGAUUAAACACUACAAGGUUCGGAAGCUUUCUUGGGAAAGCAGAGAAUUAAAGCGAACUAAGAAGAAGCUUGAUAAAAACCACAAGGAUUCGCUACCUGGAUUGUCCAAACGAGCUGUUACACCAAGAGAGGAAGGAGAACCCUCCGGUAAACCAAAACCAGCCAACUGUCCUGGUUGGGCGUGUGUUGUUCUAACUGAAGACCCGACAAAUGAACCAGUUGGAGCACAAUAUUUAGCCGAGGAUGAUUUGAAUCUGUCACGAUAGACUCUUUAGUUAAAAAUUGCUACAAAAUUAUUUCAGUUACAUGUACAUUGACGAUGGACAUCCUAGAAGAUGCAAAUAAUUAUGUAUGCUAGUCCGAUGCUCUACCAAAUGAGCUACAAGGCCAAGUCGGUUCUUAAAUAUAUGUUUACUCCGAACUCAAAGUUCAGUGCCCUUGUUUAUUGGUCUCUAGACGCGCAAUAUAUUUUUGAAAAUAUAUUGGCUAUUGCGCGUCUGGAGAUCGAUG